ACGGGGCGGCGCGGGCGCCAGUGGGAUUCUCCAAGCGGCGGUGCGCCGUUGCCGCGGGCUGUGCGCGGGCUUCGGGCAAGCCGGGCGCUGCGCAGUCUCCGCAGGCGCCGGCGGGAGGGGUGAAGGCGGAGGCGCGGCGCGGCGCGGCGCAGGCUGCUCCAGGCCCAGGUGAAUGGAGUAACCUGACAGCGGGGACGAGGCGACGGCGAGCGGGAGGAAAUGGCGGCGGCGGCGGCGCCGGGCGGCACCGGGAGGCCUGGGCUGUGACGCACGCGCCGGAGCGGGGUCCGAUGGUUCCUGAAGGCCCGCGGCGCCCCGUGCUGCAGGUUACCUAGGGUAUGAAUUAAUACAGACUUGGAAACUGAAAGAACUUAGAAUCAGCAUUUUGAGUAAGCUGUGCUAGAACAAAAAUGCAAUGAAAGAAACACUGGAUGAGUGAAAAGCCCUGCUUUGCAACCCCUCAGCAUGGCAGGCCUGCAGCUCAUGACCCCUGCUUCCUCACCAAUGGGUCCUUUCUUUGGACUGCCAUGGCAACAAGAAGCAAUUCAUGAUAACAUUUAUACGCCAAGAAAAUAUCAGGUUGAACUGCUUGAAGCAGCUCUGGACCGUAACACCAUCGUCUGUUUGAACACUGGCUCAGGGAAGACGUUUAUUGCAGUGCUACUCACUAAAGAGCUGUCCUAUCAGAUCAGGGGAGACUUCAACAGACAUGGAAAAAGGACGGUGUUCCUGGUCAACUCUGCAAACCAGGUUGCUCAGCAAGUGUCAGCUGUCAGAACUCAUUCCGAUCUCAAGGUUGGGGAAUACUCAGACCUAGAAGUAAAUGCAUCUUGGACAAAAGAGAAAUGGAACCAAGAGUUUACUAAGCACCAGGUUCUCAUUAUGACUUGCUAUGUCGCCUUGAUUGUUUUGAAAAAUGGUUACUUAUCACUGUCAGACAUUAACCUUUUGGUGUUUGAUGAGUGUCAUCUUGCAAUCCUAGACCACCCCUACCGAGAAAUUAUGAAGCUCUGUGAAAGUUGCCCAUCAUGCCCUCGUAUUUUGGGACUAACUGCUUCCAUUUUAAAUGGGAAAUGUGAUCCAGAGGAAUUAGAAGAAAAGAUUCAGAAACUGGAGAAAAUUCUCAAGAGCAAUGCUGAAACUGCAACCGACUUGGUGGUCUUAGACAGAUACACUUCUCAGCCAUACGAGAUUGUGGUAGACUGUGGACCAUUUAUGGACAGAAGUGGGCUUUAUGAAAGACUGCUGAUGGAAUUAGAAGAAGCACUUAAUUUUAUCAAUGACUGUAACAUAUCUGUACAUUCAAAAGAAAGAGACUCUACUUUAAUUUCUAAACAGAUACUGUCAGACUGUCGUGCAGUGUUGGCAGUUCUGGGACCCUGGUGUGCGGAUAAAGUAGCUGGAAUGAUGGUAAGAGAGCUGCAGAAAUACAUCAAACAUGAACAAGAGGAGCUGCACAGGAAAUUUCUAUUGUUUACAGACACUUUCCUACGGAAAAUACAUGCACUAUGUGAAGAGCACUUCUCACCUGCCUCACUUGACCUGAAAUUUGUAACUCCUAAAGUGAUAAAACUGCUUGAAAUCCUGCGCAAAUAUAAACCAUAUGAGCGACAGCAGUUUGAAAGUGUUGAGUGGUACAAUAAUAGGAACCAGGAUAAUUAUGUGUCUUGGAGUGAUUCUGAAGAUGAUGAUGAGGAUGAAGAAAUUGAAGAAAAGGAGAAGCCAGAGACAAAUUUUCCUUCUCCAUUUACCAAUAUUUUAUGUGGAAUUAUUUUUGUGGAAAGAAGAUACACAGCAGUUGUCUUAAACAGAUUGAUAAAGGAAGCUGGCAAACAAGAUCCAGAGCUGGCUUACAUCAGCAGCAAUUUUAUAACUGGACAUGGCAUCGGAAAGAAUCAGCCUCGUAACAAACAGAUGGAAGCAGAAUUCAGAAAACAGGAAGAGGUACUUAGAAAAUUUCGAGCUCAUGAGACCAACCUGCUUAUUGCAACAAGUAUCGUGGAAGAGGGCGUUGACAUACCAAAAUGCAACUUGGUGGUCCGUUUCGAUUUGCCCACAGAGUAUCGCUCCUAUGUUCAGUCCAAGGGAAGAGCCAGGGCACCGAUCUCCAAUUAUAUAAUGUUAGCAGAUACGGACAAAAUAAAAAGUUUUGAAGAAGACCUGAAAACAUACAAAGCUAUUGAAAAGAUCUUGAGAAACAAAUGUUCCAAGUCAGUUGAUACUGGUGAGACCGACAUUGAGCCUGUUGUGGAUGACGACGACGUUUUCCCACCUUACGUGCUGAGGCCCGAUGAUGGAGGCCCACGAGUCACAAUUAACACGGCCAUUGGACACAUCAAUAGAUACUGUGCUAGAUUACCAAGUGACCCGUUUACUCAUCUAGCUCCUAAAUGUAGAACCCGAGAGUUGCCUGACGGUACAUUCUAUUCAACGCUUUAUCUGCCAAUUAACUCACCUCUUCGAGCCUCCAUUGUUGGUCCACCAAUGAGUUGUAUACGAUUGGCUGAAAGAGUUGUAGCUCUUAUUUGCUGUGAAAAACUGCACAAAAUUGGUGAACUGGAUGACCAUUUGAUGCCCGUUGGGAAAGAAACUGUUAAAUAUGAAGAAGAGCUUGAUUUACAUGAUGAAGAAGAGACCAGUGUCCCCGGCAGACCAGGUUCCACAAAACGAAGACAGUGCUACCCAAAAGCAAUUCCAGAAUGUCUGAGGGAUAGCUAUCCCAAACCCGAUCAGCCCUGUUACCUGUACGUGAUAGGAAUGGUUCUAACAACACCAUUACCUGAUGAGCUCAACUUCAGAAGGCGGAAGCUCUAUCCCCCUGAGGACACCACAAGAUGCUUUGGAAUACUGACAGCCAAACCCAUACCUCAAAUUCCGCACUUUCCUGUGUAUACUCGCUCUGGAGAGGUUACCAUAUCUAUUGAGUUGAAGAAGUCUGGUUUCACACUGUCUCUUCAAAUGCUUGAGUUGAUUACAAGACUCCACCAGUAUAUAUUCUCACAUAUUCUUCGCCUUGAAAAACCUGCACUAGAAUUUAAACCCACAGACGCUGAUUCAGCAUACUGUGUUCUACCUCUGAAUGUUGUUAAUGACUCCAGCACUUUGGACAUUGACUUUAAAUUCAUGGAAGAUAUUGAGAAAUCUGAAGCUCGCAUAGGCAUUCCCAGUACCAAGUAUUCAAAAGAAACACCCUUUGUGUUUAAAUUGGAAGAUUACCAGGAUGCAGUUAUCAUUCCAAGGUAUCGAAAUUUUGAUCAGCCUCAUCGAUUUUAUGUAGCUGAUGUGUACACUGAUCUUACCCCACUGAGUAAAUUUCCUUCCCCCGAGUAUGAAACUUUUGCAGAAUAUUAUAAAACAAAGUAUAACCUUGACCUGACCAAUCUCAACCAGCCGCUGCUGGAUGUGGACCACACAUCUUCAAGACUUAACCUUCUGACACCUCGCCAUUUGAAUCAGAAAGGGAAAGCUCUCCCUCUAAGCAGUGCUGAAAAGAGGAAAGCCAAGUGGGAAAGUCUGCAGAAUAAACAGAUACUGGUUCCAGAGCUCUGUGCUAUACACCCCAUUCCAGCCUCGCUGUGGAGAAAGGCAGUCUGCCUCCCCAGCAUCCUCUACCGCCUUCACUGCCUUCUGACCGCGGAGGAGCUCAGAGCCCAGACAGCCGGUGACGCUGGCGUGGGAGUCAGAUCGCUUCCUGGGGACUUUAGGUACCCUAACUUAGACUUUGGGUGGAAAAAAUCUAUCGACAGCAAAUCUUUCAUCUCAAUUGCUAACUCCUCUUCAGCUGAAAAUGAUAAUUACUGUAAGCACAGCACAAUUGUCCCUGAAAAUGCUGCACAUCAAGGUGCUAAUAGAACCUCCUCUCUAGAAAAUCAUGACCAAAUGUCUGUGAACUGCAGAACGUUCUUCAGUGAGUCAUCCAGUAAACUCCCAAUUGAAGUUUCAACAGAUCUGACAGCAAUUAAUGGUCUUUCUUACAAUGGAAAUCUUGCCAAUGGCAGUUAUGACUUAGCUAACAGAGACUUUUGCCAAGGAAAUCAGCUGAAAUGCUACAAGCAGGAAAUACCUGUACAACCAACUACCUCAUAUCCCAUUCAAAAUUUAUACACUUACGAGAACCAGCCCAAGCCCAGCGAUGAAUGUACUCUACUGAGUAACAAAUACCUUGAUGGAAAUGCUAACUCAUCUACCUCAGAUGGCAGUCCCGUGGUGGCCGCGGUGCCUGGUACUCUGGAAGCUGUUACAGUGCUCAAGGCCGGGACGGGCUCUGAGCAGAGCCCUGCUCCUGGGUACUCCUCGAGGACUCUUGGCCCAAAUCCUGGACUCAUUCUUCAGGCUUUGACCCUUUCGAAUGCCAGCGAUGGAUUUAACCUGGAGCGGCUUGAGAUGCUCGGUGACUCCUUUUUGAAGCACGCCAUCACCACGUACCUGUUUUGCACUUACCCCGAUGCUCACGAGGGCCGCCUUUCCUACAUGAGAAGCAAAAAGGUCAGCAACUGUAAUCUCUAUCGGCUCGGAAAAAAGAAAGGACUGCCCAGCCGCAUGGUGGUGUCAAUAUUUGAUCCCCCUGUGAAUUGGCUUCCCCCUGGUUAUGUAGUAAAUCAAGACAAAAGUAACACAGAUAAAUGGGAAAAAGAUGAAAUGACAAAGGACUGCCUGCUGGCUAACGGCAAGCUGGACGAGGCCUUGGAGGAGGAGGAGGAAGAGGAGGAGGAGGAGGAGGAGGAGGAGGAGGGCCUGGCGUGGAGGGCCCCCAAGGAGGACGCUGACUACGAGGACGACUUCCUGGAGUACGAUCAGGAACACAUCAAGUUUAUAGACAACAUGUUAAUGGGGUCGGGAGCUUUUGUAAAGAAAAUUCCUCUGUCUCCUUUUUCGACCACUGAUUCUGCAUAUGAAUGGAAAAUACCCAAAAAGUCCUCCUUAGGCAGUCUGCCGUUUUCAUCCGACUUUGAGGAUUUUGACUAUAGCUCUUGGGAUGCGAUGUGCUACCUGGACCCCAGCAAAGCAGUGGAGGAGGAUGACUUUGUGGUGGGGUUCUGGAGCCCGUCAGAGGAGAACUGCGGUGCUGACACAGGGAAGCAGUCCAUCUCCUACGACCUGCACACGGAGCAGUGCAUCGCUGACAAAAGCAUAGCCGACUGCGUGGAGGCCCUGCUGGGCUGCUACCUAACCAGCUGUGGCGAGCGGGCUGCGCAGCUCUUCCUCUGCUCGCUGGGGCUGAAGGUGCUCCCGGUGAUUAAGAGGGCUGACCGGGAAAAGGCCGCGUGCCCCGCCAGGGAGAACUUCAAUGGCCAACAAAAGAGCCUUUCAGGGGGCCGCGCUGCUGCCUCUGGAGCCAGCUCCCGCUCCUCCGCGUGUAAAGACUUGGAGUACGGUAGCUUGAAGAUCCCGCCGAGGUGCAUGUUUGAUCAUCCAGACGCAGAUAAAACACUGAAUCACCUGAUAUCAGGUUUUGAAAAUUUUGAAAAGAAAAUCAACUACAGAUUCAAGAAUAAGGCUUACCUUCUACAGGCUUUCACACACGCCUCCUACCACUACAAUACUAUUACUGAUUGUUACCAGCGCUUAGAAUUCCUGGGAGAUGCGAUUUUGGACUACCUCAUAACCAAGCACCUUUACGAAGACCCGCGGCAGCACUCCCCAGGGGUCCUGACCGACCUGCGCUCUGCUCUGGUCAACAACACCAUCUUCGCGUCGUUGGCCGUGAAGUACGACUACCACAAGUACUUCAAAGCUGUGUCCCCGGAGCUCUUCCACGUCAUUGAUGACUUUGUGCAGUUCCAGCUCGAGAAGAACGAGAUGCAGGGGAUGGAUUCCGAGCUUAGGAGAUCUGAGGAGGACGAAGAGAAGGAAGAGGACAUUGAAGUUCCAAAGGCCAUGGGAGAUAUUUUUGAGUCACUUGCUGGUGCCAUUUACAUGGAUAGUGGGAUGUCACUGGAGAUGGUUUGGCAGGUGUACUAUCCUAUGAUGCGGCCACUAAUAGAAAAAUUUUCUGCAAAUGUGCCCCGUUCCCCUGUGCGAGAAUUGCUUGAAAUGGAACCAGAAACCGCCAAAUUUAGCCCGGCUGAGAGAACUUACGACGGCAAGGUCAGAGUCACCGUGGAAGUGGUAGGCAAGGGGAAGUUUAAAGGCGUUGGCCGCAGUUACAGGAUCGCCAAAUCUGCAGCAGCGAGAAGAGCCCUACGAAGCCUCAAAGCUAAUCAACCUCAGGUUCCCAACAGCUGAAACCCCUUUUUAAAAUGUAAAAAAAAAAAAAAAAAAAAAAGCAGAAUUAGGGUGGAAAUAUUUCAAUUGAAAAGGAUGAUUUAAAGUUGAUACUGAACGGAACGAAUUGAAGGCAGAAUUUAAAGUUUGAUAACAAGAUAGAUUACAGAAUAAAACAUUUAACAUAUGUAUAAAAACUUUGAAACUAAUUGUAGUUUUAGUUUCUUGCGCAAACACAAUCUUGUCUUCUUUCCUCACUUCUGCUUUGUUUAAAUCACAAGAGUGCUUUAAUGACAUUUAGCAAGUGUUCAAAAUGAUUAUUGACAGUUUUGGGUUGUUUUGUUUUGUUUUUAGUUCAAUUUCCAUCACCUUUGCUUAGUGUUAGGAGGCCACGGAGCUGAAACCUCAAACAGUCCCUAGGGUGAUACUCGAGUCCUCGCACGACUCUCAGUGUGUCCCACCUCGUGGGGGAGCCCGAUAGGACGCUGCGGUUUGCGAGAGGGAGGGAGUGUGCCGGUGUCGUCUCUGUCUCCAUGUUCCACUGUGUAAGAUGAUGUUUCCCAGGCGCUGUUGCACUUAAUAGUAAGGGACAGAUUUUAAUGAACAUUGGCUGGCAUGUUGGUGAAUCCAGUUUUAGUUUUCUCAUGCCACAUCGUCUUGCAUAAAGAAGGUUCUUGCCUUAAAAGUAAAAUCUUCAUGGAUAGUCUAUAAUUUCGGAUCUUUUUUGGAACAAACUGAUUUUACAUUCCCUUCAUUUUGUUAUGCAUUAGAUGUUGAGAUAGUGUGAUGCUCACAACUCAACUAGUAUAAGUUGUAACUUAAAGCAGGAUAUUAGGAUUUCUGUCUCAUGUACUGAAGACAUUUUAAAAACCAGAAUCUGUAGCCUAUGGAUUUUUUAAAAACACGGUAAUAAAAAUGAUCUUUGGCUAAAUACUCAAUUUUACUUAAAAAAAAAAACCAACCUCCUGCUAGGUAGUUCCACUGAUGGAAAUUGUUUGUGGCAAAUAAUUUUGCCCUGUAGGUUGUUUCUCUAACAAAAUAAACUUUAAACAUAUCACACCUAAAAUAUGCUGCAGAUUUUAUAAUUCAUUGGUUACUUAUUUAAAGACGCAAAACCCAGCACCUUUACCCUUAGUCUUCUCACAUAGGUUUCUUAUUGUACUUUUCACAGUGUUGCAUGUGUAUUUCACCUACCAAAGCUGUGCUGUUCAUGCCGUGAAAGUUCACGUUUGUGAUAAACUGCCGUAAUUUUGAUACAUCUGUGAUUUAGCUCAUUAAUUUAGAUAAACCAGCUCGUUAUUUCCAUCUUUGGAAAAGAAAAAAAAAAAACAUUUUUAGGCAUUUGCCUAAGUUUCUUUAAUUAGACCGGUAGGCACUCUUCACUUAAAUACCUCAGUUCUUCUUUUCUUUGGCAUGCAUCUUCCCCUGUUUGGUGCUACGUUUAUGUAUUAUGCUUGAAGUUUUAAUUUUUUUUUUUUGCACUGUACCUAUAAUACCUCUUAAUUUACCUUUUAAAAGCUGUGGGUCAGUCUCGCACCCCCACCAACACACCAGUGGAGGUUUGCCGCAGUUCGCCCCAUUAAUUACGCUUGAAGUUGAAGGGAGCCGAGCGGAGGUGUCUAACAUCUGCUAGCACACUGUUCCGAGCUUGACGCUUCGUGCAGUGCUGCACCUGUGUUGUCAGUUGCAGCUGAACGCUGUGCUCCUCGCUGUGUGUGCACCACCCACCCCAGGGGGGCGCCUCCGCACGCCUCGCCCUGAAAACUGUCAGCUUCACUCGCUGAGGAGACCUGAGUGAAGGGCAUGAUGCUAAGUUUCUCCGUUAUUUGUUGUCUCCAGUCUUACACUUAAAUUGGAAUGGGUCUAAAUUAUUAAAUCAGUUUUUGAGCAAAUUAAUUUGGGUGGACUUGUUUUUAAAAUACUGAAUUCUGAUUUGGCAACAUAGAUUUCUGUUUGGUUUUUUAAAAAUAGCUCAACAUACGACCUCCUGGCAAGUAAAAACCAAGCGAUCCUGGAAUAAUAUAACUGUAAGCAUGUACAAUUAAUAAGUAAGGCUGGAUGUGAAUUUUACUUAUGAGGGUGAUUUGUGGUGAGGUUGUGUCACAAAUCUCUGAAUAGCUUAUAAACUACCUGCGGCCAGGAGCUUAGGGCUUUGCGUUGUGUCCGAUGCACUAAUCCCAGUGUUAGGGAUUCUCUCGCCUCCUGGCACCAAAACCAGAUUGUUCCACAGUUACAAUUCCCAUUGGGAGAAAAAUGCCUCAAUAUAUUUUGUAACCUUAAGAAGAGUAUUUUUUGUUAAUACUAAAAAGUUCAGACUUCGAUGUGAUUAGGUCAUACAUUCUCAGGGGUUCAAAUUUCCCGCUACCAUUCAAAAUAUUUUAUCAACAGCAAAAUUAAGCUAUUUCUCUUUCCUCUCUCUCCUCUCUCUCCCUCCUCCUCCUCCUCCUCCUCCUCCUUCCUGUCUGUCUGUCUCUCUCUCUCCCUCUC